UCUUUCUUGCAUAUUGCAUACCAUUCUGUAAAUUGAAAAGUACCUGCAGCUGCAGUUACCGAAGCAUACUACAUACUACAUACAUGUACAUGUACAUGUACAUAAAUUCGGGUAUUCUGGUGGGUUUGAUUUCGUUGGACUUAAAGCAUCUUGAAUAGAAAUAUGUGACCUAUCGGCAACGGAUAACUCCACAAAGUACUUACGUAGGAUAUGUAGCAAGAAGUAGGCCUUCGCUUGGGACGAUCCAAGUGGUCGGUCAGAGAGCUAGUCCGACUGCCCCAAGUGUCGCUCGAACUGAUUUCAUUUGGGCUGGCUAUUCCAUACAGUUUUCAACACAGAACGGAACUCAAAACCGAGCUCUCCCCAAACUUUGCGCAAAAACAAAAUUCCAGUUUUUCCAAUUGUUAGUUUACAUAUUUGGCUUUUCACACUUUUCCCCGACCGAACUACAAGUUUGAAUAAAUUUUCCGCGUAAAUCGUACAACCGGAUUCGGCGCCACUUACUCUAUCCAAAAUACACUCAAACCAAACAACCAUCGAACCACGAGAUGAACAACGAACAGCGAGCGAACGCGUUCGACAGUCGGCGAAACCAGUCGCGACUCCGGGCCCUGAGUCUGCUUGGCAGGAGCCUAUCUGGCCGGCGCCCUCACGUGGCGGGCGGCCUUGGCUCGAAUUUGGGUCGCGUGCAGGGCGGAGGCGCAGAAGUCGACGACCUUGACUUUGAGGCAGCUGGCGGCGACAGUGGAGUUCAGCCAGGCGUUCGGGCCUCAGUGCUUAACAACGCCCUGAUUCAGUUGCAGUCAGCCACCCGCGGACAGAGUGCCAGGUGGAUGCGGAGUUUAAUGGACCAAACGCACUACACUAGAGGUGGAUUCCGCAGCAGCUGGGAACCAAGCCAGGGAGAAGAAGCGGUGGCGUCAUCUACAUCAGAGAACCACGAGGAUUCUUACGACGACGUCAACGAGAACGAGAACCAGAACCAGAACGCCAACGACCUCGGGGACAGAAUGGAUCAGAGCGCUGGGCAGGCGCCAGUCGCUUAUAUGCCUGCUUACAGCGGAAGACGUGGAGUGAGUCCAGGACUUAUGUUCGCCCAAGGGGGCAUUCCCACGUCCAAGCUGGACUACAUCACACUGGUCGGCUUCGUACUGGGGUACCUGGCCUCGUACAUCCUGUUCCUCCUGUGCUGGUUCUUCGGCUGGCUCAAGGAGCAGAUGAAGCUGACACGCAGGCGCCUGCUGGGCCACGACAACCUGUUGGAGUUUUUCGACAUCGAGGACGAAUCCCGCCACUCCAUCCAGACCAAGCUCAUCCUGGCGCCGCUCAUUCUCUUCUCCAUCUUGCUCUACGGUCUGGUCAACAUUCUGCACGUCGCGGUCAAGGUGGUGCGCUCCGAUGUGCCGCGUACUGUGGUUGACUUUGUUCAGGCCGUGGCCCAUAGCGGCCUCCAGGGUACCAUUGCCGGCAUAAGGACCGGGAGUAAACGCUUCGCCUAGCUGGAGGAACUGGAGCGGACCGCCCGUCCCACACACCAGAUUCAAGUAUGCCCACCAUCUGUUCCACUGCUCUCGCUCUUUCUCUGUCGUCAAUGUGUGGGCUGUGGUUCAUCGCGAGGAAUGGGAAUCGCUGUUCAUUGACUAAACCAACCACCCAACACCCAACACCAAACCAUAGCCCACACAGGGGGUGUUGGGCUGCCGAUUGCCAAACUGCGAGGUGGUGCUGACAUUUAUCAUGUGUAACUGUAAUAUCAACAAAAAAAAAAACAAAUACUGAACUGCAUAAAGCUCACCAUUCAGGCAUAUUUAUACUUAUAUUAUAUUCCCCGUGUUUAUCGAUUAACGUGCGAUUAACCUAUCGAUCACGCAGGCAUGCAUUCACACAUACCACUAUAGCGCCACCAUACAUGCAUAUAUAACUCCUACGAAACCCAACAAACAGAUCGGAUGGUGAAUGUCAUUUGUGUGCAGCAGUCUGUUCGAUCUGUUCGGUGCAUUCGCCAGUCUCUGGUUUUUCAACAUUAUGUAACCUGAAGGGGGUAAUACCAAAGCUGGUGAAUGCGAUCUAAAUAAAUAACCGUUGCUUAAUUUCCAUCCACA